AUGUCGCACGUCGACGCCCUUAGCCGUGUGGUAUACGACGGAGCGGAACCAGAUGACUCGGUUGACGUCGAAAUUUCAAACAGAGUCGACGUUUAUGUGACUAUGACAAAACACGAAGCUGUACGGUUACUUCAAGCCACGGAUGAAGGCACGCGCCGGAUAAUCGAACUUCUGAACGGAGAACCUACGCAGAACAACAACGAGGCAACUGGUUACCAGGUAACCGAGGGAGUGUUAUAUAAGGUCCACCGUGGCCGCCCGUUACUCGUUGUACCAAAAUCCAUGCGUAAGGGCGUGGUUAUUGCAGCGCAUGACUACGGCGGACAUUUUGCCGUCGAUCGCACCGUUGCACGUAUAACCGACGAUUAUUGGUUUGCCGGAAUGAAGCGCUAUGUUAAGCAACACAUAGCUAUGUGUGUGGAUUGCCUCACAAACAAGAAGCCCGCAGGACCAAAACCUGGAUUUCUGCAUCCAAUACCGCCGGGGAGACGACCUUUCCAGACCAUACACCUGGAUCACCUCGGGCCGUUCGAAACUACGAUAGCAAAAAAUAAGUAUUUACUCGUGUUGGUGGACAAUCUGACGAAAUAUACGAUGUUAUACCCGUGCAAGACGACCAACGCCGCCGCAGUAGUACGCGUCUUAGACAAGUUCUGUUCCAAACGAGGGAUACCGGAUCGAAUUAUUACAGAUCGAGGUACGUGUUUUACGGCCAACGCGUUCGGGAAAUUUUGUAGCGAUCGAGAAAUACGUCAUACACUGAACUCCACACGACACCCGCAGGCUAACGGGCAAGUGGAGAGGGCCAACCGUACAAUUGUCUCGUUACUUAGUGUCACGGCCACCGAACACAAUAAUUGGGACACGCAACUACGGUACGUCGAGAAUAUGUUGAACACGGCUCCGAACAAGUCAACGACAAAAACACCGUACGAGACGUUGCACGGUUACCUACCUCGUUUUCACAAGGGAAUACUACCUACGCUCACUCGAAAUAACUGGCGGGACCCACAGGAAAUUCAGACGGAGGCACGACGGAAUAUUAUCGACGCCCAACGCGCAAUGAAGAUUUCCCACGACCGCAAUAGGUAUGAGGGCGUAAGGUACGAAGUUGGUGAAGUAGUGGUUAUGACAAAACCACCAGUGCCGCAUAUAUCGGCAAAACUUCAACCCAAAUACCGCGUAAAACCACUUCAGGUUAUGGAGGUGCUGCCAGGCGACACAUAUCGAGUUGCCGAACUCGCAACAGACGGGCACGAAGUGUAUGCCACGACGGCACACGUCUCGCAGCUCAAAUCGUGGACGGUCCUGAACGAAAAGGACGACAGUGAUGAGGGCGAGGACGACAGUGAUGAGGGCAAGGACGACAGUGAUGAAGACGUCGAUGGUACUGCCAAUCCACCCAAAAACGACGAAAUCCACGCAGGCAACAACAGGGAAGGAAGGGCCGAGCAGACCAUGAUGGGUCCCAAGCGCAGUACGAGGACUCGACAAACGCCGAAGUACCUCGAGGAUUACUCCACAACAGGGUAA